UCCGUAACUGCAAUUGCAACUGCAACGACCUGCAAUCGAAGUUGAAACGGCGUCGACUGUUCCGUGAAAUUAAUGAGGCGGAUAUUGAACUAGUGGAAGUGGCAGUGCAACGCGUGUUCCAAUAAAUGUGCAAUAAAUAUAAUACGGCGGAUUAGUGAGCUAUUGCAAGAGUCAAUCAAUCAAUAAAUCGCAUUAAUCGAUCGAUCUAGUGACUUGAAAAUGUUCUACCACAAUCGGCUGUUGGCCAUUGUGGCCCUCUGCUGUACCGUGCUUCUACAAGCACAACAGGCCAAUUCUCGCUCCAUUCGGGUGUCAGAUGGCUAUGGACAAGAACAUCCGAUAAUGCCCAAUGGUUACUACAGUCAUGCCUUUGGCUAUCAAGCACCCUUCGGCUAUGCACCCGCUCCUGUUUUCAGUCCGCCGGGCGGCUACUACGACAGGGACUAUGGCGUCUAUAAGGCUUUCCCCGGCGGUGGCAUUCCUGUGCGCGUCGAUUAUAACAAUCGAUGUUCCAGGAACUAUGUUGGCAUUAAACCGCAUCCGGAUCAGCAGCAAUACUAUUAUGUUUGUCAGCCCAACUGUGUUAUCUUCAGCAAAUGUCAAAAUUUGGAGCAAUUCAACUCGACGAGCGGUCGUUGUGAUGUGCAGCAUGAGUAUCCUCGACUGUGUGUGAAGGAGGGGCGGUAUCCUUACCACUACAACUGCAGGAUUUACUACAAAUGUGAUAAGGACUUGAUUCCUAGCUUAUAUCGCUGUCCCACCGGCACAAUAUUCUCGCCACAUGAAAGAAAAUGCAUUCCCGGCGACGCAUGCCCAUCCACCGAAAUCUCUAACAGUGGCAGCUACAUUCCCGAAAACUGUGAGCUAAAGUUUCCACAAUGCACAGAGGACGGUACCUUUAGAUCACCCUCUGAUUGCUCACUUUAUUACACAUGCAAGCUACAGAAAAGUGGAACCUACUUGCAAACGCGUUUCAAGUGCCCCGGCGACAACAGCUACGACACAAAACGAAAGAUCUGUCUUCCACACCGAGAGGUCAAAUGUCGGAACUAUGUUCGAGUCCCUAAUUUGGGCUACGCGUCAGUCGUGCCUUUAUAUCCCUAUAUAGCACAGCCCAGAAACUUGGCUCCUUCAUUGGAGAGUGACUACGAUGGAGAUGAUGAAGAAAAAGUAGAAGAGGCUAGCGUCGAUGUCGAUGGCGAGCCCACAGAGCCAGAAUCGACGGACAAUAGCGAUAAGGAAGCAGAAAUAGACGAACCAGCCACUUCUGAUAAAGUUUCAGCAUUUUCUGCAAAUACAAACACAUUUGCCCUUCACAGCCAAUCAAUUCCAGAAUCAAGGGAUCUUAUUAGAGAAGAGAGUGACCUAUUCCUAACCACUAACACUAUACCAGAAACACCAAACCCACCUAGAGUGCUUGCACCCUUUUCAAAUUCAGGUGGAAAUAAUUUUCCCCCUAAAGUUACUCGAUCUACACCAAGUAAACCAAAAUCACCAAAUCCGACGACUAUUAUAACAACAAUUCCGCCAUGGAGCAGCAAAAUUACAACCCCGACCACCACAAAUACACAUGCAAUUUCGUCAACAACGAAAAAACCAACUUCCGUAUUUACAAGUCUUCCCCCAAGUACAACUCUAACAACUUUCGAACCAUUAAUUACAACAGUCAACUCACCUCCUCCAACUUUGCCAACAAAUCCGACCACAAAAAUAUCGACACCAAAAACGACAACACAGUUUACGACUACCGUAUUCACAACUCUACCACCAAUAUCGUCGUCCACCUCCACGACCACCACAAAACUGCCUACGACCCCUGAAAAGACAACUCCGACAAAGACAACACCAACGACAACAACUAUAACAACAAGUCGUCCACCAACAACACCAACAGCGUCGACAAAACUGCCUACAACCCCUAAAGAGACAACUCCGACAAAAACAACUACAACGGUAAUACCAACUGGCCCACCAACGACGUCCACCACCACGACUUGCGAACCAUCGAUGCCGACCACAAAACUGCCUACGACCCCUAAAGAGACAACUCCGACAAAAACAACUACAACGGUAAUACCAAGUAGUCCACCAACAACACCAACGACGUCCACCACCACGACUUGCGAACCAUCGAUGCCGACCACAAAACGGCCUACGACCCCUAAAGAGACAACUCCGACAAAAACAACUACAACGGUAAUACCAAGUAGUCCACCAACAACACCAACGACGUCCACCACCACGACUUGCGAACCAUCGAUGCCGACCACAAAACUGCCUACGACCCCUAAAGAGACAACUCCCACAAAAACAACACCCACGACAACAACAACGGUGGUACCAACUGGCCCACCAACAACACCAACGACGUCCACCACCACGACUUGCGAACCAUCGAUGCCGACCACAAAACUGCCUACGACACCUCCAACAAAAACAACUACAACGGUAAUACCAAGUGGUCCACCAACAACACCAACGACGUCCACCACCUUGACUUCCGAACCAUCAAUACCGACCACAAAACUGCCUACGACCCCUAAACAGACAACGCCCACGACAACCACAACAAUAAUAACAAGUCGUCCACCAACAACACCAUCGACGUCCACCACUUUGACUUCCGAACCAUCGAUACCGACCACAAAACUGCCCACGACCCCUACAAAAACAACGCCGACAACCACAACGAUUAUAACAAGUCUACCAACAACACCAUCGACGUCCACCACUUUGACUUCCGAACCAUCGAUACCGACCACAAAACUGCCCACGACCCCUACAAAAACAACGCCGACAACCACAACGAUUAUAACAAGUCCACCAACAACACCAUCGACGUCCACCACCUUGACUUCCGAACCAUCGAUACCGACCACAAAACCGCCUACGACUCCUAAACAGACAACGCCCACGACAACCACAGCGAUAAUAACAAGCCGUCCACCAACAACCCCAUCGACGUCCACCACCUUGACUUCCGAACCAUCAAUGCCGACCACAAAAUCUACGACCAAACUGCCUACGACCCCUACAAAAACAUCGCCGACAACCACAACGAUAAUAACAAGUCGUCCACCAACAACACCAUCGACGUCCACCACCUUGACUUCUGAACCAUCAAUGCCGACAACAAAACCUACGACCACAGAACUGCCUACGACCCCGAAGAAGACAACACCGACAACAACCCCAGUAUUCACAAGUCUUCCCCCAAAAACUACGGUACCAACUUGUGGAUCAUCAAUGCCGACAACAACAUCCACAACCUCAAACUGUCCAACAAAGACGACACCGACAACUACGUUAAAGACAACUGAACAACCUACAACUCCUCCUCAAACUGAAAGCACAACUGUGUCCAUGCCUUCCACCAAGCCUCCAGGACCCUGCCCGGAUCAAACAACGGAAGUAAGCCCAGGAACAGUACCGACCGAUAUCACCGAUAAAGUGCCCGAGCUCAUCCUGAAGGUUUACGAGCCCGUGGAUCUGAAAAUUGUCUUCUGUCCGAGAAAUUGCGAGGAAGAUCAUGAGCACAAGUUCGACCCAGAUGAUAUUAAUAAGCACAAUAAAACGAAUAAUCAACUACUUGAACAUAAGCCCCAAUCUAAGCACAGUGUGGAUCUUCAAUGGAAGCCUCGGACCAUCGACGACACCUUGGGUUUUGAAACAAUGACAUAGGUCAAGAGAUAUUCUGACUUAAAAUGUUCGCGAAAAAUAGUCUGCUUUAUAUUCAAAUAUGAUAAGUUAAUUGAAUUAUAUCGCCUUUAAUAAACACUUUAAACAAAUUAAAA